AUGAAGAGUCGAGCUCAGAGUGAGGCCAGAGUGUACAUGACAGCCGCUGUUAAGCGUGGCCCGGUAUACUGGGACUACGAAAAUACGCUGAUCGACUGGGUUCCCAAUAAUGGAGCAUACGAAAUUGAGAGUAAGGUAGGCCGUGGAAAAUAUUCGGAAGUAUUCCAAGGUGUGCAGCUUUCAACAAAGUCGAAGAUUGUUGUUAAGAUGCUCAAGCCUGUCAAGAAAAAGAAGAUCAAACGUGAAAUCAGCAUUUUGACCAAUCUUUCGAAUGUAGCAGAGCCUCCAACUGCACAACCGUUUGAUCACGAUGCAUACUAUGAAAGUGAUGAAACCGAUGCUUUGCAAUUCAAACGUCCGUACGUCUACAGUCUGCCGCAUGAUGGUCACAAAAAUAUCAUACAGCUGUUGGACGUGGUACGCGAUCAAGUUUACAGAACACCCGCGUUGAUCUUUGAACAUGUUGAAAAUGUGGAUUUCCGCACUCUUUAUCCAACGUUUAAAGACCACGAUAUACGCUACUACAUGUUUGAACUUUUAAAGGCGCUAGAUUUUUGUCACUCCAUGGGUAUAAUGCAUAGAGAUGUCAAACCACACAAUGUUAUGAUUGACCACGCAAGACGUAAGCUUAGACUGAUAGAUUGGGGUCUUGCUGAGUUCUAUCAUCCCAAUAUGGAGUACAACGUCCGUGUGGCUUCUCGUUUUUUCAAAGGUCCAGAGCUUCUCGUCGAUUACAGAAUGUACGAUUACUCUUUGGACCUUUGGUCUUUUGGAACCAUGCUUGCGUCUAUGGUAUUUCAAAAAGAGCCCUUUUUUCACGGAACAAGCAACACUGAUCAAUUGGUAAAAAUUGUGCGGGUUUUAGGUACUGAUAAUUUCGAAUACUAUUUGGAAAAGUAUCGGAUCACCUUGCCCCAAGAGUUUCACGAUCUAGACCAGUACAUUCGCAGACCUUGGUACAGGUUUGUCAAUGAUUCCAAUAAGCAUCUAUCCGGUAACAACGAAAUCAUCGAUUUGGUCAGCAACUUGUUACGUUAUGACCACCAAGAAAGACUAACGGCCAAAGAAGCCAUGCAACACGAUUGGUUUGCACCCAUUCGGAACGAGGAAAAUAAAGCCAAAUAA